AGGUAAACAAAAAACAAACGAUUUUUUGCACGCGCCGGUCAAUAAAAAGCUAAAAACAAGCAAAAUUAGGAUUAAAAAUACACAAAUAUUGGAUAAGACAAUAAAAAAAUGUCUGGAAAUCAAGGAGACGUGAUUCAAUGGAAACGUUUGUGGCAAUUGGUCUCCGGCAUCAAUUUCGAGACUCCAACGAAGAUUGUGAGUGAACAACUGACUUCUGUCGCUCCCCAACUGCUGGAUGGCUUGAAACAGUUUCACAAAAACAACCCGGAGUCGGAUCAAAAGUUGAAAGAUUUGCUGAAAAAGUCGGGACAGGAGAAACUUUUGACUUUUUCACAAAAAUUGCAGCAAUAUUUGAAUCUUGAUGCCAUUCAAACGUGGGAGAUUUUAUGCCAUUACCUGAUCAAUGAAUACAAAGGUUCGUCGACAUCUUUGGCGAAUUACAUCUCAACCGAGUCAGCAAUGCUCAAAUUAUUGAACGAAAUUUGGUCCUACUACUCCUUGGAACGAAUGAUUUUACUAAAAACCGUCAAAACUCUCUUGGAAUUCCAUUCUGACAGUUCGGAGCAUCCUUAUGCCGCCGAAUAUGCCGCUGCUUUGAAGAAAAUUGAGGUUAAAAAGUUGCUUUCUUCGUACAUUGGACAAUUGGAGGACCUCGCAAGCAAAUCUUUGCCCGAAAAAGCUGUUCAUGGCGAUUUAUUUAACAGUGCCGGCAAAUUAAUUGCUUGGAACGAGCGAAAUGUACGUGAGGAAAUCACCGUUUUGCAGAUAAUUUUGCUUGCGAUCGACUAUUUGGGCAGUACGGAUGUGAAAGAUGUGAAAAAAUUGCUGGAAAUCUUCAAAAGUCACUCAUUUGGCAGGCAGCAACAAUAUUUAAACGCCGAUAAUUCGUAUCACGCGCAACUUUUGCAGGAAUUAAUGUUCCACGAGGUCGCAGUUGUGCUGAAAAUCUUCGAUUUGAAUGAAAAUCAAGGCGAAGAGUACGUUCAAGAGUUGGUAGCGUCACUUAAUAAGACAAUUUUAAGCCUGCAUCAGUUCCCGGAACAUGGUCCGUUGUUACUUGCAUGGAUGUUGGUCAACUUUCGACUCAAAGAAAGUCGCGUUGAUGAUGAAAUCGCCAAUAAACAUCGUCAAUUGGGGUCUCGGGCGGUACAACUCAAGUCGUUUGAGUGGCUUCUCGCUAUGAUUUCGCACAAAACGUUCAAAGAUGCCGAAAGUAAAGUAGCUGUUGUGGUGCGGAAGACAAUUUACAACCAUCUUGGAGUACUUUGUGACCUUUUUGACGCUGUUUCCGUUUGUAAUCAUCAAAAAAUCUACGAAUUGACGUCGGAAUUGCUCAAAACCCCGGAAAUAGCGGAGGAUUUCUGUCGUCAAGAAGAAGGAAAUGGACUUCGAGGCUUGUUGGAUGUCGCAAUGGAAAGUUUUCCCGUCACUUUUACACAACUCAGUCGCAUUGCAAGUGCUUUGUCGCAAUCCGGAGCUGCCAGUAGCAAACAUAUCCAAUCGAUAAUCGAAGAACUUCCGGUUUACACGGAAGAAUACAUUCCGGAUCGAUACUUUUUGAAGCCCAGUCAGGAACAAGACACCUUCCUACUGGUCCAGGAUUACCGUCCCUUUGCCGGAGUCCCCGAAUAUCGCAUCCCAAAAGGCUCGGAAGUCGUCGUUGUCGACAAAGGUGGACGAACUUUCUGUCAUUUCCGCACCCAAAUUAAUUUUUUCACCGUUUUGCAUCACGAAAUCGAUCAUUUGUUGCGACAAUUGAUGCAUUACACCGAAAUCGAUCCGAAUUGUGUCACAAAAAUCACAAUUGGAUUGGAAUUUCUUGCAUCGGUUCUUCGACGUACAAAACACCCGUCGCAAAUUAACGAGUUUAUGGUGCAUCCAACGGAAAUGGUCUUUGAUUUGCUCACGAAAUUCCGUGCCGUGCAGGAACCUCCAUUGGAACUCAUGGCGGUCUGUUUGCGGGUUUGUACAGCUUUGGUGCCACUUUUUGAUCAGGAAAUCGUCACACGAGUGCUCAACUUGGGAAUUUUGCCUUCAAUGAAGGUCACUGGGCUAGGAUUUCACGAAUACGCCAACGGACAUGGGUUUGAGCCGGAGUUGGUGGGCAAUUAUUUGAUCAAUUUCGAGAAGAAUCAAGGAAAAUAUCUCUUUUUGAAGGAAUAUUUUGACUUUUUGGUGGUUUAUAAGAAGCUCAACAAAGACAACGUCGACCUCGUUGACUUACCUGGACUCAUCUUCUUACUCCGCGAGGUCUUCCCGAACCUUCAUACAUGGAAUUUCGACACCGAAAAAACCCGCAUCGAACUUAACACCCUCAUCCUCCGUCAUUUCUUCGACAUUCUUCAACCUUCCGAUCAUCCCGGGAAAAAACUUUUACGCCAAAUUUGCAUCCACAGCUUGUUGCACUUGGGCAACGGUAUUCCCUUGCUCCGUUUGAUCGCCGUGGGCAACGAUCAACUGCAAAUCAUCAUGGAAAACGAGAGCAACUGGAUGACAUCUGGCGAUUCGGGCGUCAAUUACAUCAUUCAGCUUGCCUUAACGGUCCUCAUGCAGAUUUUGCGAUACAAACAAGAAGUCGAAGAAAGUACGGAGCAUCAGUUGACCCCAAUUGAGUCUCUGAUUUACGCGCAACCGAAACAAGUCGACACAUUGCGGAUUAUUUCCGUCGUCACGAGUUACAUGAACAACAUUUUCAAUCAACGGUUGCCCAUUUUGGCUUGUCGGCUCUUACGUCGCUUUGCCCUGGAGUUUCAAAUGUCGCUGUUGGCGUGUUUGGACAUGGAACCGGACCAAAUUCGAUUGAUUUUCCUGCAACGCUUACGAGACGACCUCGAAAGUCAUCAGUUAAAAGUUGCGAUUCUGGAAUUCGUCGAAAGUUGCAUCGAAAAGCAACCGGGAUUGACAGAAGCCUUCUUCAAAAUCAGCUACGAGCAUGAAAAACGAUUUUUGGAGCAAAUCAAAGCGACGAAGAAAAAAUCCAAGGAGAUGGAAAAUGAGGGAAUUUUGGAUUACAUGCAGGAAUUCUUGGAUGUCGUCGGAAAAUCGCCGGAAAAAAUUGCAAGUCCCUUGUUGAGUCGAAUUAUGACACUUUUCCACUCACUUUGGAAGAACAACAUGCAAGGUCUGGUCUCGGAUCUGAUGGAAAAGAAGGAAUUUUGGAGUUCCAUCUGUGCCCCGUUGUUUACAACUGAAAUUUAUCCACAAAUCAAGGCGUAUUCGCAACUUUUCAACAUUUUGGGCGUCGAAGUAUUCCGCGUGGCAGUCGGAGCAAAGUUUGACGAGAAUUUUCGUGCCGUUAUCGAACGAUUUCUCGAAAAAUCCAACUUCCAAAGGUGGUUGAAGCAAAUUUUCACUCUGCCCGAGGAAACGGAAGUCUUAUUAGACUCGACUCCGGAAUGGCUUUGCCGGUUGCAAUCGUUCAAAGACUUGAUAAUCCUGAUCAUGAAGUGCAAACCGAUUUACAGCAAGUUCCCAGAGGCAUCUCAGACACAACUCGCCGACCAAUGUCUCGCUACAUUGAUUGAAAGGACCACAAAUAUGAACGAUUCUCGUCCCUUGGUCAUCCUAGCUGAGCUUUACUUGAUCCUACUUCGAAAUUCUCCAACAAAUCACACGGAAAAUCGAGAUGAUGACAGAAAAUUGUUGGAAAACUCACAAAAAUUACUGAAAUUCCUCGCGGAUUUUUACAAAAAUUUACUACCGCGUGCCAAAAACUCAAUUUUAGCGAUUUGCAUUAAAAUACAGGACAUGCUUUCAUCGACAAUCGUGCAAGAACGCACAAUUUCGAUUGGUAUGUUGCAAUCCUGCGUGGAAAUUGUCUGUUUGGAGUUGUUUGCAUUGGAAAGUGACGCCAAAAAUGGAAAAUCUGCGGAAAAAUCGCAAUUUUUGAGUCCAAAAGACCCGAAAAAGACAUCUGCUGAGCUGUCGUUGAUCCUUUUGAAGAAUCUGUCGAUGACAAUCGAGCAACAUCCGUAUAAAAAUUGGAAUUAUAUCUUCACCGCGGAGAAAAUCUAUCAUCGGAUAUUGAGUUGUCUCAGCGGAAUCAUCCAAAAUUACGAAAAACGAAAGAUUUCUGUGGAAUUACUGGAUUUGCUGGUCGUUUUUGCAUCCGGGGACUGUUCAAAAGAGCUACUUUUCGCCGAUGUCGGGGAUUAUCUCUGGUUGAAACUGUUGCCGCCGAAGGAAUUGUUGCAAAAAAUCAAUGCUGGUACCUCCACGUGGCAAAUUCAGGAAUGGUGGCCCAUUUAUAUCAAAGGUAUUCAAUUGGUAGCCAAGAUGCUUGAGACGCACGGGCAUAAUUUCAAGAAAGAUGCGAUAUUUUUCAUUGGAAUCCAUGAAGAGUUCUUGCUGGACUCGUUAUUGCUGGUGAAACAAUGUUUGGAACCGAACGCCAUUGAGUUGAUUAAGACAACUUUGGCACUUUUGUGUGAAAUGUGUCGCUAUGAGCAAUAUUGGCGCCUCGAACAUGGACAAAGUAUGGCGAAUUUGAUGCGUUGCGUGCAAAUUUUGAUGGAUUCGAGUGUUUCGCUGCUCUAUCGUCCGAAAAUAUUGAAGAGACUCAUCGAUGGCGACAAUCGUGACACGGGAAAUUCCGAACUGGAUGACUUGAUUGAGACACGUGACCUUGCCGAGAAUACAGAUGAGAUUGUAGAAGCGAUGAAUCAGCUCAUCGAGAUCAUCACAAUCAGCUCGCGAUGCCUUUUAUGGUUCUCCCCGCCCCUGUUGACGCUGAUGUGCGAAUCCGAGUUCAUUCCUAGCAAGUAUUUCGCCCUCAUUGAGAUUCAAUUUGGCGCCCCGAAGCUCAAUCAAGACAACACUUUGUCAUUUGGGACAGUUCUCAGUGCCGUCAGUAUCUUCACUAAAUCGCUAAAUCUGCAACAAUUUAAUUUUAGUGAACGUCCCUUGAACUACUUGCCCGGCGAAGAGGUCGAUGCCGAUGAAACCGACACUUCUCUUCAAAUGUCUGACACAAAUUUGAGUCGUUUAGCGACGCCAACGCACAGUCAGCCCCCAACGCAGGCCACAACUCCCAUGGCGGGCAGUCCCCGAACGCAUUUCAGCAAAUCUCUGUCAAUGACGUCCGUUACGAGCUUUACCGCGCCAUCGGGAAUCGCACCAUCGAAUGAACUUUUGUCACAUUUGGACCGAAAAACGUGCUUGACAGCGUUGGAAAUGACUUUGACGUUACUCGCGUCGCAAAGUUUGCUCGCCCUGCGGAGUGAACAUUUGUCGUUCCGCGAAAAACAAUUGAUUCGCCGCGAACUGAGCACGGAAUUGUUGCAAUUUCACGAUUUUGUGCGGAAAAAAGUGAGUCGCGAGAUGUGGAAACGCAAGAAGCACGGUCAAGUAUUGAUGAAAGCAGUGCAAGCGAAGGACGAUGACACGCUGGAACAAAUUCCGGAGGAAGAUUUGGACGAUACGCUUGAUAAAACGCCAGUUCCCAUUGUGAAAAGUACCGAUCACGCAAAGUCAUUGCGAGUAAAUUUGGCGAAAAAGCUCCAUCAUAAGCACAUUAGUGAAGGUUUGUUCGAUACGACGGUCCCAAUUAGCCCAAUUGGCAAGGGAAAACCCGAAAUUUCCAAGACAUCCAAAGAUCAAUCGACUCCGUUGAAGUCAAUUUUGAAGCCAUCCACGAGCACGUCGCAAAAACGUCACGUAAUGUUCGAAACGGAGCAAUCGGCGAUGGAAAGUGAAGAUGAUUCCAACAAAAAAAUGUGUCAAGAUGACGAAAUGGUGCUUGUGGAACCCGAUACAGAACCUCCUUACACUGGAUUGUCCUACGUGAAAAUUGUUGAGGAAGAUUAUUUCCACUUUUUAUCGAAUUUGUUCGUCGUUGUCGCUCAUACUGAGUAAUUUUUCUUACUAAAAUAUUGAAAAAAGAAGAAAUUUUGUUAAAUAAAAACUAUUUUUUGACUAAAUUUU